CCUCUCUUAAUGGAUUCGUUGUUGUCGUCAGUUAUUGUAACACUCGUCACUGCAAAUACCUAACAAGUCAAACACACCUUUGGAUCUUCCAGUUUAUUCCAUCCUCCUCAACGUCAACAACAUCAACAAUGCCACCAACAAACCCAACCCACCAACCGUCUGGUUCCUCCGUGCCCCCAUCAGCAUGGACCGUAUCGGCGAGAAACGAUGGAAACGCUCUGUACCCAAUGCGAGCAUUAUCGACGUUGUAAUAAAUGUCUGGAGAUCGAGGAUACAAACAACUACUGGGAUACCGUUCCAUCAGGAGCUCUGCUGCCAGAGACAAGAAGAAAUUAAGCAGAGUCGUCUAGCAGGUUCAAGGCAUGGAUGA